CACUAGCUAGCACGUUGCACUUGUGUGCCUGCACAGUAUGAGCCAUACCUUGUGAUGAAAUAAAGAAUCAAGACAGACUGUAAUUCUCUAGCUAACUACUUGCCUGUCGUUCAGCUGGACAUCACCUCACAAGGAAAAUGAGUUUACUGGCCAAAAUAGCGGAAAUCGAGGCGGAGAUGGCCCGCACUCAGAAGAACAAGGCCACGGCCCACCACCUGGGGCUGCUGAAGGCACGACUGGCCAAGCUGAGGAGGGAGCUUAUCACACCCAAAGGUGGCAGCGGUGGAGGCACGGGGGAAGGAUUUGACGUGGCAAAGACCGGAGAUGCCCGCAUCGGGUUUGUCGGUUUUCCCUCUGUGGGCAAGUCCACCCUACUGAGCAACCUGGCUGGUGUCUACUCGGAAGUAGCAGCCUACGAGUUCACCACGCUCACCACUGUUCCUGGCGUUAUCCGCUACAAGGGUGCCAAGAUCCAGCUUCUGGAUCUUCCUGGGAUCAUCGAGGGGGCCAAGGAUGGCAAAGGCAGGGGCCGGCAAGUCAUUGCAGUGGCUCGAACCUGCAACCUAAUUCUAAUUGUGUUGGACGUGCUGAAGCCACUGGGACACAAGAAGCUAAUUGAGCAUGAGCUGGAGGGGUUUGGGAUUCGCCUCAACAAGAGGCCACCUAACAUCGGUUUCAAGAAGAAGGACAAGGGCGGCAUCAACUUCACGGCCACGUGUGCCCAAAGCGAGUUGGACGCAGAAACGGUGAAGAGCAUCCUGGCUGAAUACAAGAUCCACAACGCCGACAUCACCCUGAGAAGCGACUGCACGGCAGAUGACCUCAUCGACGUGGUGGAGGGUAACCGAGUGUACAUCCCCUGCAUCUAUGUGCUCAACAAAAUCGACCAGAUCUCCAUCGAGGAGCUGGACAUCAUCUAUAAGGUGCCCCAUUGCGUACCCAUCUCUGCGCACCAUCGCUGGAACUUCGACGACCUGCUGGAGAGGAUCUGGGACUACCUGCAGCUUGUGCGAAUCUAUACCAAGCCCAAGGGCCAGCUUCCAGACUACACGGCACCUGUUGUGCUUCCAGAUGGAAAGACUUCUGUGGAAGACUUCUGCCUAAAGAUCCACAAGAACCUCAUCAAGGAGUUCAAGUACGCGCUGGUGUGGGGGACGUCAGUCAAGCACAACCCUCAGAAGGUGGGGAAGGACCACAUCAUGGAGGACGAGGACGUCAUUCAGCUCGUCAAGAAGUAAAGGGAACGCGCCCGCGCCCUGCUCCACCCCGUAGCACCCCACUGUCACCAAGCACGAGAAGGGCCUGGAGGGUGCUCUCAUUUGAAAUCUUCUAGGGUUCUUACACAGGCAUAACACUGAUGAAUUUGGACGUGUAUUUGCGUUUAAAAUACAGAUUCAGCCCUGCACGGACCUUUGAAAGUAAGGAAACACCAUGUGUCUGUGAUAGGUGUUCUUAUAAGAAUAUUUCAAAUUGAAAGGAGUCAAAAUGUUGAUGAUCAGCAACUGUGAAGAAGCAUUUCUGGAAAAAUCAACUUAUGUGAUAGUGUCAUGACAGUUCUUAAAAUUGAUCAUCAUGAACGUUCGUCUCCAAGAAUAACAAUAUUUGCUUUUUAGUGCAGUCUCAUGAGGAGAAGUUAUGCUCUUUAGACUGCUGUAAUUCAUUUGUUGAUGGAACAACUGGUGGUGUUUGUAUCUUAUGAACUUUGGUUCACCCCCUGUAAAAAUUCACAUGUCCUUCCUGAAAAGUCAGGGGCAGUCCUUAUACUUACUGUAUAUAACUACUAAAGGCCUUUUCCAUUGUGUACAAUAUUACCUGUUUGCCAAAUACAAUGCUUGAGACAAGUAACUGCUCACACAUAAUUGACAGGUAGUGACUAGCCAAUCAGCAGUCAUUGAAAAACGAGCCCCCCACCAUUCUCUUGGACAAAGGCAUGCUGAUCCAUCCAAAGUUUAGGGUAGAAAAUGAAGAAUCUCUUAAGAUGGACAAAAGUUUGCACGUAAAGACAGUGUGGCUCAGAUACAUUUGUCAAGAAUAACGUGUGA